AUGACCCCCAGUAUGGCUGCUCAGAUCCUCCACGCCCACGCCAACGCUUCUAGUAUUCAGCCUGAGCUGGUGCAGGCGUAUCUCGCCUCCCAGUUCUUUGAUUUCCUGGCCGGUUGGUCUGCCUGGCACUAUGUCGUGGCUUUCUUGCUCGGCGUGGUGUUCUAUGACCAACUCAUGUACAUCAUAAAUAAGGGCACCUUAGCCGGACCUGCGUUUAAGAUCCCUCUCAUGGGCCCGUUCAUCCAGGCACUUCAUCCAAAGUUUGAAUCGUACCUGGUACAGUGGGCGAGUGGACCGCUCAGCUGUGUAUCAAUCUUCCAUAAAUUCGUCGUUCUCGCCUCUGACCGAGAUUUAGCCCACAAAGUCUUCAAGUCGCCCGCAUACGCUGAGCCGUGCUUAGUCCCCGUCGCAAAGGACAUCAUCGGCCAGAAAGCAUGGGUGUUUCUCCAGGGUAAGGAACACAUUGAGUACAGACGUGGACUGACUCCCCUCUUCGCCAACAAGGCCAUAGCCACAUAUCUACCUGCUCAGGGGAAGGUGUUGGCCGACUACUUCGACAAGUUCGUUGCCGCCAGCAAGGCGAAUCAAGGGAAGCCCAUGGCCUUCAUGACCCUGUUUCGCGAGAUCAACUGCGCCCUUUCUUGUCGCACAUUCGUCGGCAAUUAUAUCUCACAGGACGGGAUCAAGAAGAUCGCGGACGACUACUACCUUGCCACUGCCGCCCUUGAGUUGGUCAAUGUUCCCUUCUCGAUGUAUAUUCCCUUCACCAAGGUCUGGCGAGGAAAACGCGUAGCCAACGCUGUCCACGUCGAGUUUGCGAAAUGCGCAGCCGCAUGCAAGGCAAACAUGGCCACCGGUGCUCCACCCACCUGUAUCAUAGAUCAUUGGGUCCUCCACAUGAUGGCAUCCAACAAAUACCGUGAGAAAAUCGCUGCAGGUAUAUCAGACGCAGAAAAGCCAUCGAAUCUGAUCCGUGAAUUCACAAACUCGGAAAUUGGAGAGACAUUAUUCACCUUCCUCUUCGCAUCUCAGGACGCAUCCAGCAGCGCCACAACAUGGCUAUUCCAAGUCCUCGCUCAACGACCUGAUGUACUAGAUAGGCUGCGAGAAGAGAACCUAGCUGCACGAGGCGGCGAUAGAAGCAAACCCUUUGACCUACCCAUGUUGGAAUCACUUACCUACACCAAGGCAGUCAUCAAAGAGCUCCUCCGCUACAGACCGCCAGUCAUUUUCGUUCCAUAUCUUGCAACUAAGAACUUCCCCAUAACUCCCCAAUACACGGUUCCCAAAGGCUCGAUGAUCAUUCCAUCAUGUUACCCGGCCUUGCAUAACCCGGACGUGUACCCGAACCCAGACGUCUUCGACCCUGACCGCUGGAUAACGGGAGACGCUGAAUCCGAGAUCAAGAACUGGCUUGUCUUUGGCACCGGGCCGCAUGAGUGUCUCGCAAGAAGAUAUGUGCCACUGGCUAUGGCGGGUAUGAUUGGAAAAGCAGCGCUUGAGCUUGACUGGACACAUCAUGCCACAGACAAGUCGGAGGAGAUCAAGGUGUUUGCUACCUUGUUCCCGAUGGUAAGUCCUGACAUCAUUCCCCGUCGAGAUGUGUUUUUGUCAUACUAUUCUCCGGUUCGCGGGCUGUGCUAA